AUGAGGCCCCCAGUAGCCUCUGGAGGAGGUGGUCCAGGGCCUCCGGGGCCCCAGGUCCCCUCCUUGGCAGCUGCAGUAGCAGCUGCUGGGCCGCAGCCGACCGCUUCCUCACCAGGGGCACCCCAUUUGCCGUCCAGUGCGUCUUCAAGCGGCCGCUUAUCUUUUGGGUCUCCCCAUAUUGUCAUCUCUGCCUCUCCUUCGCCGAACUCUUCUCCCUCUCUCUCCGCCUUGCCCAACCCCUCAAACGCAGGCAGCGCAGGGGCACCAAGCGCAUGCAGCUCCCCGUUGCCUCCACAACACAGGCCAGGAGCUCCUUCUGUGGGAAGGCCUUUGCAAGACUCUUCGAGAGAAACAAAAGGGUCAUUUCCCGGGGCGCCAUCAGGGCCCCAACAGGAGGGUAGGGGGCUCUCCGAUGGAGGAUCGCUGGCUGCAUAUAAAGUACCCCUCUACAAAGAUGGGUCUCUUGGUGAGGGCCUGUGGAUAGUUGCGGGGGCCCUUCCAGCCACUGUGGCUGCCAGGGGGACCCUUCUCAAGUCGGUUCGCAAGCUCGUAGAGGGCACGCGGAGGGCUAAGGGGGGCCCCAGAGGGGGCCCCCAAGCCCUCGCCGCAGCCAAGGCUGAUGCCCUUAUGAGAAGACUUGAUGCUCUCGCUGCACAAGAAGGGGAUGCACCGAAGCGCUCAAGAGCCCCCCGCAAGUCCGCAGCAUCUGCUGCUGCUGCUGCUGCCACUCAGUCGCCGCAGCCGUCUGAGGGGGCAUCCUCAGGGACUUCUGCCUCAUCCGCAGCUGCAGGAGAAGAUAAUCGCUCAGGCGGGGGAGGAGGUGCCCAACAGGGUCGCAAGGAUUUGGGUGCCCUUGACUUUUCUUUGGAGGCCUCAGAGUCUUUUGAGGAGCCCUUGCUGUUUUCCGUACCUCGCUUGGCUCCCUUGCAGAGGCAAAUGCGGAAAGAGGAAGCCCAACCCAGCUUCAACUCCCAAGUUAGGCAUGCACUUACAGCGCAACUAUGUCAGUCGGCGAUGUGUCUCUUCGGGUCUGCGGACUCUCUCUUGGAGGAGCAGUCUAACCCCUGUUGGUCGAGGUCCCUCACUCCCGAAAGCCGCGCAGCAGAGGUGCAGCGCCUCCUCAGUCGCUGUCUGUUCAUGACGGGUCCCCCGACUUUUCUUCUUGAGCCUCCAAAGUCCCAAGAAUGGGAGGACCCCCUAGCCUCACCAGAAACCACUCCUGCCCUGCCUGGGGAGGCUUCCCGUGUUCCACUCUCUGUUCUUCUCCAACAGGAACCCUUCAGGUCCAGGCUGAGAGAAGAUGUAUAUCUGUCGGUCGGUUCUAGCUCGGAGAACCAGCAGCAUCAGCAGCCGCAGCACAAGAAGCAGCAGCAGUCUCAAACACAGCAGCAGCAGCAGCAGCAAGUAAAGCCUGCAGGCAGCACUUCAGCUGCUGGCGACGGCAACAAAGGCGCAGUAGAGGGAGAGGCUUGCGAGAAGAAGACGGAAGCCACGGCCGCCUCGCCCGCUUCAGAAAGCCCCGCAAAGCCCGACACACAGCCGACUGCCUAUGAGGCCCUCUCAAACUGGUGCUCCUCAGACGAAGACGAAAUGGGGGGCGGCUUGCCGUUUGGGGAGGCGGACAGUUACGCUGCGCUAUAUGCCCACCGUGGAUUUUUCUCCUGGAGCCCCCCCACAGCCAGAGACCCUCUGGGCUUGGGCUUGGGGGCCUCGAAAUUGCGCAGCGGGGGCUCUCCUGGGGAGCCGUCUGGCUUGGAGGAGCAUAUGGAUUUGCUGCUGGCUGCGCCUGAAGAACUGUCUGUUGCUGCUGCUGGUGACUGGCUGAGGAGGGCCCUGCGAGCCAGGAGACGCAGAGAGAGGCGACAGAUGGCCCUCAGGGCCCUCACGCUAGACAGAGCAGCGGCAGCUGCUGAGGGACCGUCUGUUGCAGCAGCGCUGCAGCAACUCAGACCCCAUGAGGUCAUCGAGCUCAAGAGACUGCGCCAGAUGCUGCAGCAGCAGCGCGCAAUGGAAACUGCCAGGAAAAGGCACAGGCUGGCGGAGGCAGAGCAACAGCAGCAACAACGUCAGCAUCAACAGAAGCAAGUGCGGCAACAACAGCAACAAGAACAGCAACACCAGUCUCAGCCUGAAGAGCAAGCCAAGCAACAGGAGCAAGCUCAGCAGUGGAAGGUCCCUGAUGAAGAAGCACAGGUUCAGCAGCGGCACGUGGACCUCCAGAUUCGGCAGCAGAUGCAGCAACAACAGCUUCAACAGCAGCAGCAAGAGCAGAGCUCUCCUCAAGGCAAAAACCACCUUCAGCAACAGAAGCAUCGCAUCCAGCAAGAAGAAAAACAGCAACCUCAGCGUCCGCUACACCUGCAGCAGCAGGCACAACAGCAGCACACGUCUCAGCAAAAUGCCUCGCAGCACCAGUUUAAGCAGCAGCAGAUACAGCAGCAGCAGCUGCAACAGCAGCAAAUACAACCGCAGCAACUGCACCAGCAGCAGGUGAAACAGCAGCAGAUGCAGCAGCAGCAACAACAGCAGCAACUGCAGCAGCAGGUGCAGCAACAGCAGCUGCAGCAGCAGGUGCAGCAACAGCAACUGCAGCAGCAGGUGCAGCAACAGCAGCUGCAGCAGCAGGUGCAGCAACAGCAACUGCAGCAUCAGGUGCAGCAACAGCAGCAGCAGCAGCAGGUGCAGCAACAGCAACUGCAGCAUCAGGUGCAGCAACAGCAGCUGCAGCAGCCGGUGCAGCAACAGCAGCUGCAGCAGCAGGCACAGAAACAGCAACUACAGCAGCAGCAGCAACAACAAAAUAAGCUGCAGCAGCAGGUGCAGCAGCAGCAGUUGCAGCAGCAGCAGCAGCAACAGCAGCUGCAGCAGCAGCAGUUGCAGCAGCAGCAGCUGCAGCAGCAGCAGUUGCAGCAGCAGCGGAUGCAGCAGCAGCAGUUGCAACAGCAGCAGGUGCAGCAACAGCAGUUGCAGCAGCAGCGGAUGCAACAGCAGCAGUUGCAACAGCAGCAGAUGCAGCAGCAGCAGAUGCAGCAGCAAGAGGUGCAACAGCAGCAACAGCAGAUGCAGCAUCAGCAGAUGCAGCAACAGCAGCUGCUUUUACAGCAGCAAAUUGCGCGGCAGAAUGCACAACAACCGCAGCACCAUUCACCGCAACAGCAACUACUGCAAGCGCCGCAGCAUCAACCAAGCCAGCAGGAGCAACAUCUUUCGGAGCAGCACGAUCAACAACGGCAGCAGCAACUGCAGAUCCAUUCACACCAACAGCACUUCAUGCAGCGCGAAGAGCACUUGAUGCACCACCAGCAACAGCUCUCGCAGCAGCAGCAGCAGCAGCUCGUGCAGCAUCUGCUGCAGCAGCCGCCGCAACAGCAACUGCAGCAAUAG